CGGCUGUCUGCUCUCUUAUCAUCUCUUCACUUCAUUUCUACUCUCUGCCCACUUUUUUUUUCUUUUUUCUUUUUCAAGAUGAACUAAUCACUAAUCACUAAAAUCAGUCACUGAAUUUCCAAUUCAAAAUGGGUUUUCAUCGUUCUUGAUUCCAAACCUAUGCGUACAGCAUAAAUAUAUAUAUUCUUGUUCUGUAAAAAAAGGAAUUAAUUUUUCCGGCGCCAAUGGCUAUGGCGGCGGCGGCGGCGGCCACGUUCUGUUCCAUCAGCCAUGGCUAUGGCGUCACCAAACUCAACAGUUUCAGGAUUUGUAUCUAUUCCAGAUAUCAAUCGAGGGCCAUUACACACGAAAAUGUAUUCCGACUAGACGCAAGGAAACUACACUCUAUACAAAGGCGUUAUAUAAUUCCGUUGAAGCCUAGAGCAAGUAGUAACGAAGAUCAUAUUCAACACGAGAAGGAAGUGAAUAAUAUCUCUAAGGCAACUUUGAUAUGGAGAGCUGUCAAAUUACCGAUGUACACCGUCGCUUUCAUCCCUAUCUCAGUAGGAAGUGCAGCGGCGUAUUUGCAGACGGGAAAAUACUUUGCAAAACGUUACUUUGUGCUAUUGGUUUCUUCGGUACUCGUCAUAGCUUGGCUCAAUCUAAGCAACGAUGUUUAUGAUUUCGAUACCGGAGCCGAUAAAAACAAGAAAGAAUCAGUUGUUAAUCUACUCGGCAGUCGAACAGGAGCACAUGUUAUUGCAUGGUUACUACUUGGAAUUGGUUUCACGGGCCUUACGCUGGUGUCGAUUGAAGCUAAAAGUAUUCGUUCAAUAUUGCUACUUGCUUGUGCCGUAGUUUGUGGCUACAUUUACCAGUGUCCGCCUUUUCGGUUGAGUUACAUGGGAUUGGGAGAGCCCUUGUGCUUUGCGGCAUUCGGUCCAUUAGCCACCACCGCAUUUUACUUGCUUCAGAGCGGUAGAAGUGAACUUCCGGUUUCUGGCACGAUUGUUUCUUCGUCGAUUCUUGUUGGCCUCACUACAUCCUUGAUCCUCUUAUGUAGCCACUUUCAUCAGAUAGAAGAUGAUAAAGCUGUCGGAAAAAUUUCGCCUUUGGUCAGACUCGGAACCGAAAGAGGUGCAAAAGUAGUGAACGUGGCUGUAGGGUUGCUCUAUUCACUUGUAUUCUUGCUUGGACUUAACCAAACUCUUCCUUUCUUUUCUCUUGUUCUUUGUGCAUUAACGUUACCGGUGGGAAGAUUAGUAUCCAGCUUCGUCGAAAAGAACCACAAAGACGAGACAAAGAUUUUUAUGGCGAAAUAUUACUGUGUGAGACUGCACACCGUAUUCGGAGGUGCAUUGGCUGCCGGGAUGGUGGCGGCUCGAAUGUUUGCAAGAAGACAACUCCCACAUACUGUUCUUCUUUGAAUUGGUAUACUUCCAUUGUGUGAGGAAUGGUUAAUUUGAUUACCAAUUUUUAACACACGACAAACGACGAAACUCGAGUUGUGUUCGAACUCGGUUAGAAUAUACAAAAAAAUAUUAAAAAAAGAUCAAGGUUAUCGAGCUGAACUAAUUGUAUUCAGUUUGAUGAAAGCUAGUUCGAACUUGACUCGUUUGCUUAUUGAACGAACUCAAGUACAAUUUUUUAAGAUCAAUAAAAACUCAAACAAAUUUAAGUAAUUGUGCAUUCAACUCGACUCAACUAGGAUAUAUUUCAAAAUUGUUUAUUGUUGAU